AUGACGUCUGCGCGUUCUGCCAGAAAAUACCAGCGCCAGGUGGGCUUCGACAAGUCUUGUCGGUCCGUGAUUUACUCGUGUUUCGCACAGUGUUGCACCCAACACCAGCCGAUCGAGAGUGCGAUUCAGCACCUGGUAUACCUGCUCGAAAACGCCGUGCGGGCCUCCAAGCAUGCCACUUACAGCUUCAUAUGCGUCAUUGACUUUAAAGGUAUGAAGAUAACGUCAUGUAACCCGAGGCUAGCGUUAUCGGUGGAGCACAUAGUCUCAAGUCACUACCCGGAGCGCCUGGGGGCGUGCAUUGUAGUCAACCACGGAAUGCUCUUCCAGACGUUCUGGGUCGCCGUCCGGGGCGUCAUUCACGAAGAAUGGCCGCCAAGCUGCACAUACAUCGCCACUUCCACAAGGUAG